AUGUCGGACAACGACCAGCCCCGCACACCGGUCCACCUCGUCGUGCUCCUGCACGGGCUGUACGGCGCGCCUGCCAACCUCUGGUGCCUCGAGGCGGAGGCGGCUGCGCUGCAUGAGGAGCUGCGCAAGGGUAGCGGAGAAAGUGGAGAGAGUGACGUCGAGCGCAGCACCGAUGACGCCGACGACGUGUCCGCGCCUGCGCCGCAGCUCGCCGUGCUCGUGGCCAAGAGCUAUGUCGGACAGCGGACAUGGGACGGCAUCGACGUGAAUGCGCAUCGCGCCGCUGACGAGAUCGACGAGGAGAUUGCUCGCCUCGACGCCGAGGGCAAGGAUGUAGUCGCGUUCAGCGUGACAGGUUACUCGCUCGGCGGCCUCAUCGCGCGCGCGCUCAUCGGACACCUGCACACCCGCACACCCUCCUUCUUCGCCACUCACCGGCCCGCAGCGUUCAGCACGAUCGCAACGCCGCACCUCGGCGUGCUGCGGUACGGCUCGUGGAAGAACACGGCGGUGCAUGCGAUCGGGCAGCACCUCUUCAGCCGGACGGGGCGGCAGCUGUACCUCCUCGACACGGACAAGGCGUUGCCGAAGAAGGGCAACAACCGGCCGCUGUUGACGGUGCUUUCUGAUCCUGAGGGAAUUUAUCUCACCGCCCUGCGCCUCUUCCCCAGCGUGACGAUCCUCGCCAACGGCGUCAACGACCUCACUGUGCCGUACCCCACCGCGGCGAUCGUCGACCACGACCCGUACAUCGAGCAUGAGGCCGGCGCGGUGUGCGUCGAGGUGGACGAGCACAACAUUGUCACACGGCAUUACCUCCACGAGACGGAAGUGGACGAGGUCGAGGCUGUCGUCGAGGCGAGCAGCGGCGACAGCAGCCCAAAGCAGCCAGGUGUGUCGCCGGCACGAGCGCUGCCCAAGGCCGUGAGACCGUGGCUCCCGCCCGUGUUCUUCCUUCCUUGGCGUGGACCACUGCGAUACGCACUCUUCCCUCUGAUCCCAUUCUUGCUGCCCUUGGUGCUCACUUUUGUCGCGGUGACCUUCACUCUCCAUUCGUUCCAGUCGGCCGAGCGGAUCAGACUGCACAGCUCAAGCGGGACAAGGAGGCUGCUACAUGGCCUGACGCACCCAACGGAGGACAACGACGACGAGGGCAACGGCAAGGACGCGAACGAGGCAGUGGACGACGACAAUGACGACUCGUCGUCGACAGGCAACGGCGCCGAGACGCCCGCCCUCGCACCCCAGUCACCCGGCACACAGCCCCUCCUGUCCACAGAACAGCGCGCCAUGAUCCGUAACCUGUCCGCUGUGCCGCAGCUCGAACGCGUCGUGGCGUGGUUCCCCGCAGUGUUCAACUCGCACGCGACGAUUGUCGCGCGCAACGCCAACGUCCCGCGCUUCGCCUUCCAGACACAAGGCAUCCCCGUCGUGCGCGAAUGGGCCCGCAGGGUCGUCGUGGCGGGUAACGGCGUGAUCGGCAAGGAGGAUUAG